AUGAAUUAUUUUGGUAUAGCAACAACAGAACGUGAUUUAAUUUUUUAUGAUAUAAAUUCACAUACAUAUACAGGUUCUAUUAUAAUAAGUCAUUUUCCAGCUAAUCUAACAACCAUUGAUUAUCGUAUGAAUAUAAAAAAUUCUUCUCAAUCAGCAAUUUUUUGUGGAGAUUCAUUAGGAAAUUUAUUUAUAUUUCAAGCUAAAGAUCCAUUUAGACCAAUGUUUCAUAUAUCUGAUUUAAUACAUUAUAUGAAAACAGAUUCAAGAAGAAAUUAUUCCUUUCCACGAAUUGUUAAUAAUGAAUAUUUAACAGUAUCAGUGAUUAGUUUUUGUAAUUUACAUAAUGAUUGGAUUGUUCAAGUUAAAUGGAUUGAUGAUCUAGAUUUCUUUAUAUCAUGUGCAUUAACAUCAACACGAAGUUUAUAUAUUGGAGAUUUAAAUAAAAAAAUGGAAAAAAAUGCUGUAACGAAAAAAGGUUUUGCUGUUUUUGAUUAUUGUUUUAUUCAUUUAAAACGAAAUAGUUCAUUUAGUUUUUUAUUAAUAAAUAUAGAAAUUGAUGAUCAUAGAUAUAUUACAACAUCUUUAUUUAUAUCACCUAAUCAUUUCAUAUUCUUAGCAAAUGAUACAGAAUUAUACAAUGCUAUAUUUGCUAGUCAAUUGCAUUCAGGUGAUCAUAUAAAAUAUGUGUAUAAAAAUGAAAUUAUAUUAGGUAAAAUUCGAAAUAUUUAUUUAACAAUAGAAGAAGGUUAUUGUGCACCAUUUACACCAUCAGGCACAAUUAUAAUUGAUAAUGUUUUAGUAUCGAAUUAUGCAUCAGUUAACAAUCAUUAUUUAGCUCAUAAUGUUAUAAAAAUAUAUCGAUGGUGGAUUUAUUUAUUUGGAUCAAAUAAAAAUAAUGAAAAUAUUCAUUGGAUAUUAAAAUUAAUUGAAAGACUAGUUCAAUGGUGUGGCAUUGAAAAAUUUAGUCAAAUUUCAAUGUUCAAUGGUGUAUUUCAGAUAUUUGAUUUCAUUUGA